GGUGUGGAAAAUUCACCCACACAAAAAUGUCACCGCUACAAAUAAGCAUACCGAACAAGCCCUACUAAAACUAACUAAGGGCUACUAUAUCUCAUAAUUUCAUAGGGGCCACCAUAUAGUUUUAUAGAUGGAAUAGAGAUACCACGAGAUAACAUAUACUACAGCAUAAUCUUCACCAAUGAGAUUACUAUACCAAGAAGAACCUCGAACAAUUGCAUUAUAUUCAUCAACUCAUUCCUUACUUCUUCAUCAACCUCGAAAAUCGAAAAAGGUUAUUGUAGAAAUUAGUCCAAAUAAUCGAGUAACUAGAGAAAAUGGAUUUAAACCAUUAUUAAGUCGAGAAGUCUUUGGAUGUUUAGGAUUAAUUCAUUUAGAUCAACAAACAUUUGUAGCUAUAAUUUCUGGAGCCAUUACUAAUGUAGCUAAUCCAGUUAAUUAUGAAUCAGUUGAUAAGAUUUUUGGAGUUGAAUUUAUAUCACUUAAUAGUGAUGAAUGGGAUUUUAUUAAUUUAGAUUCAAAUGGUAUGCCAAUAAUUACUGCAUUAGCAGUUGAUGAUAAUUAUGAUGGAAAUUAUGAUUCUUCAGGAUCUCUGACUCCAACUCGAUUUGUUCAUCCAUGUUUUGAAUUAAAGAAAUUAUUAUCUAAUGGUUCAUUUUAUUAUUCAAAUGAUUUUGAUUUAACUUCAACUUUACAAAGUAGAGGAGUAGUUGAUAAUAAUUUAAGUAGUAGUGGGAAACCUCAUGUAACUAGAUCAAUAAUUGAUCAUUUUCAAAAGGAAUAUAUGUGGAAUUCAUUUCUUAUGGAUGAUUUAUUAAGUUUUAGAUCAAAUUUAGAUCAAUAUAGUCAAGAGAUUGUUGAUGAAAAUAAAUUCUUAGUAUCAGUAAUUCGAGGAUUUGCAAAGACUAUUCCAUUAAAUUCUUAUCAUGAUUCAAUUACUCUUAUUUCUAAACAAUCUUGGAAAAGAGCUGGUACAAGAUAUAAUGCUCGAGGUAUUGAUGAUGAUGGGAAUGUAGCUAAUUCAGUUGAAACAGAAUUUAUUUAUUUUCAACCAUCAAAAUCAGCAAUUUUUACAUUUGUUCAAAUUAGAGGUUCAGUUCCAGCAUUUUGGGAACAAGAUACAACAUUAAUUAAUCCAAAAAUUACAAUUACAAGAUCAACUGAAGCUACACAACCGAUUUUUAAUAAACAUUUUAAAGAUAUUCUUAAUAAAUAUGGUGAUUAUCAUAUAGUUAAUUUAUUAUCUAAAUCAAAGCCUAAUGAAAUAUCAGUUUCAAAACGUUAUAAAGAUUUAUAUCGACAUUCUGAUUUACAACCUGAUGAAUCACUUUAUACAGAAUUUGAUUUUCAUCAAGAAACUAAACAACUGAAUGCAGGAUUUGCUGCUGCUUCAAAGAUUUUACCUCAAUUAGAAGAUUCAUUAGCAAGAUUUGGAUGGUUUUCUUAUGAUAUAGGUAAUCAUGAAAAGAUUAUGGAUCAAAAUGGAGUAUUUAGAACAAAUUGUUUAGAUUGUCUUGAUCGUACUAAUUUAAUUCAACAAAUUAUUUGUCAAGAAGUAUUACGAGUAAUUCUUGAGAAUCAAACAACUGCUAAUGCUUCUUAUAGAGAUAGAAAUUAUCUUGAAGAAAUUAAAGCUAAAUAUAAUACAUUAUGGGCUGAUAAUGGUGAUGCAAUAUCUCAAAUUUAUACUGGUACAAAUGCAUUAAAAUCAUCAUUUUCAAGAGCUGGAAAAAUGAGUUUUGCAGGAGCCCUUUCAGAUGUUACAAAAUCAGUAUCAAGAAUGUAUCAAAAUACUUUUGUUGAUGGUAAAAAACAAUCAACAAUGGAUUUAUUAUUAGGUUAUGAUGCUAAAUAUAAUAAACCUGUAAAAAUCUUUGAUCCAAUUAAUGAUUAUGUUACAGAACAAUUAAAACUUCAUAAACAAGAAUUUACUACUUAUGAUAAUAUUAAAAUUUAUGUGGGAACAUUUAAUCUUAAUGCUUUAGAUCCAAUUAAUGUAAAUGAUUUAAGUAAUUGGCUUUUCCCUCCUGAAAAUUUUGGAGAAGAUUUACCGGAUGUUUAUGCUAUAGGAUUACAAGAAUUAAUUGAAUUAAAUGCUAGUUCAAUUCUUAAUGCUGAUCCUGCAUUACCUGGUAAAUGGGCUAAAAUUCUUAAUCAACAAUUAAAUUCUCAAAAAGUUGAAUAUUUAUUAUUAAGAACAGAAUCUAUGACUUCAAUGUCACUUUUCCUUUUUGUUAAAAAGUCUCAAGUUCAUAAUAUUACUCAAGUUGCUGGUUCAAGUAAGAAAACUGGAUUAGGAGGUAUUGCAGCUAAUAAAGGAGCUUGUGGAGUUCGAUUUGAUUAUGGUGCCACUUCAUUUGCAUUAGUUACUUCACAUUUAGCAGCAGGUAUAUCUGCUAUUGUUGAAAGAUAUAAUGAUUAUGCAACAAUUAUGGGAGGUUUAACAUUUACAAGAAAUUAUACUCUUAAAGAUCAUGAUCAUCUUAUUUGGUUUGGAGAUUUAAAUUAUAGAAUUGCAUUACCAAAUGAUCAUUGUAGAGCAUUAAUUGAAAGUGGAGCCUUUGAUGAAUUAAUAUCUCUUGAUCAAUUAAGUCAAGAAAUGGAUACUAAAGGUGGAGCAUUCUUUGGAUUUUCUGAAGGUUCAGUAAAAUAUUAUCCAACUUAUAAAUAUGAUAAGGGAACUGAUAAUUAUGAUUCAUCAGAAAAACAAAGAGUACCCUCUUGGACAGAUAGAGUUGUUUAUUUGGAUAAAUAUGAUGAUGAAAGAUUAAAACAAUUGAAUUAUAAUUCUGUGAUGGAUAUAAGAGUUAGUGAUCAUAAACCAGUCUAUUCUACAUUCAAUAGUAAAGUUAAAUUUGUUAAUUCAGCUAAAAAGAUUGAAUUAUCAAAGAAAUUAUAUGAUCAAUAUAAGGCAGAACAUGAAGGUGAUACUAAUUUAUUAGAACUUUCUACUACUUCAUCUACUAGUUCAUAUAAUACUAUAAGUGAAAAUGAUGUUAGUUUAUUGGAUUAUGAUUUGAAAUCAUCAUCUCCAGCUCCAAGACUUCCAACUCGUCCUAUUAAUGGAAAUGGAAAUGGUAGUAUUAAUAGUAAUGGUAAUACUAAUAGUCCAGCUAGAAGAGUUCCACCUCCACCAACAAGUCGGAAACUGAACAUUACUGAUUUUACUCAGGAAAAGGUUCGAACUGCUCAAACUCUUCCUAGAAGAUUACCUCCAAAACCAGACGAAAACUUUUUAAUUAAAGAUACUCCAACUACAAGUGGUCAAGGUCCUCCACCUCCACCUCCAGUUCGUAAAACUGUUUUAUCUACAUCUACUAGUGCCCUUAAUAAUCCAACUCCAGUAAUUGCUAAACCUAGAUUACCACCAGUAGGAUUUACAACUACACCACUUAUUCCUAGUAGAUCUAAUUCAGCUACUCCUGCUACUCCUCCACCAUCCAAAAUAUCUCUUGCUAGUCCAAGUGCUCCUGUACUUGUACCUAGAUCUACAUCUCCUACUAAAUCAGCUCCUCCAAUUGAAAAACUUGCUGUUAAACCAUUAAUACCAAAGAAACCAACACCAUUAUCUACCAAUAAAGUCGUAAAACAUCCAGAAGCUAGUAAAUCAGAUCCUGAGAUAGCAACCACCAAAUCUUCUAAUAAGUUAGGUUCAAUUAGUGCCCCAGUUCCUCCACCUCCAAGACUUAAUAAUAGUCAAACAACUCCUAUGCCAAUUAGUAUGUCUGACUGGAAACCUUUGGUCCCCAAAUGAUAUAUAGAUUUCAUUCCUAUAUAUACGACUUUUAUUACGUACACCGCACCUGCAUACUAUUCCGCGCAAACCCCUACUAGAUCUCUCACAGACGUUUCAUCGUUGGUAAUAGUUGUACAAAGGAUUUAUGGUACUUAGUAUAUGGUGAUUCCUGAUGCGCACACGACCACCACUCUACGUGAAAGAUAUCAAGACAUUGAAAAGUGUCUUGGAGAUACCGUAAGUAACAAAUAAAUAAUUAAUUAAUUAAUUAAUAAAUAAGUAAUAAGUAAUAACAAAAUGAGUUCUAAGAGAAUA